UUUGGGAAUGACCAACGUGCAGAGGAACGGAGGAGAGGCGAAGAAGACUUUGCGCAGCGACUGCAUCCAAAUACAGCACAUUCCAGCUCUUCACCAGCUUGCACUCGGACCUUCCAGUUAAUGGGGGGACACCAAACUGUUGUCUUAUAGUUGUAGGGGGAACUUUUGAGAGACGCACUGAGCAGCGCUGAUGUGAGAUCCAAAAUAAGGAGACAUGUCUGCCGCGCAAGGACUUCUCAACAGUGUCUUCUCCUGCUCCUCUCCUGCGUCCAAAGCCAUAACCAAACGGAGGCUACGCCAAACCCGGAGCCUGGACCCCGCUAUCAUAAGACACUGUGACAUCGGCACCGAGGGAGAAAGUGGCGCAUCGCUUUCUGGAGCGGCGGCUGUGGAUGCAGGUGCGUCCCCAGAGCGCUUGGCUGUGAAACCGGCUUUACGCACCAAGAUUCCGAUAUUAAAGGAGCCGAUAGCCCCGUCCCUUUCUGCUCCUUCCAUACCUUUGGAUGUUUCUCCAUCCUCCAACUUCCACUUUGACUAUGACACAGUGAAGCGUGCCAAAAGGAAUACCGCCGGGGAUUUACCAUAUCUGGUGAGGGGACCCGGUGCAGCGCCUUCCGGGAGCACCGGCACGCUGUUCUCCCCGCGGAGGUGGCUUCAGAAGAAAGUUCAGCCGUCCAGCUCCCAAGCUUACGCUGUGUGGAAAUCAGAGGGUGAUUUCACCUGGAGCAGCCUGUCGGGGCGGAGCGUGCGCCUGACGCCAGUCGCCAUCCAGAGCCUGUCUGAGCUGGAGAGGGCCAGGCUGCAGGAAGUGGCUUACACUCGUUUACACCAGGACUAUGACCUGGGAUGUCAGAUAACCAUGCCAAAAGAUGGACAGAAGAGGAAAAAGUCGCUGAGGAGGAAAUUGGACUCUCUAGCAAAGGAGAAGAGUAAAGACAAAGAAUGCAUGCCCCAGGCUUUCAGUAUACCGCUCUCCCAGGUCAUCGCCAAUGACAGAACGCACAGGCAGCGUCAGGACGGCUAUCGUCAGGACCAUCCGCAAAGAGAGGAGCACAAGGACUCCUCCGACCUCGUCUCGUCCAUUUUACAGUUUGCCACCAAGCGGCCGUCCAACAAGGAGUUAUCCAGCAGUAACUCCUCUUUGAGUUCCACAUCGGAGACAGCCAAUGAGUCGACGUCGCCCAACACGCCCGAGGCGGCACCACGAGCACGCAGGAGGGGAGGCAUGUCAGUGGACUCCAUCACAGACCUGGACGACAACCAGUCCCGCCUGCUCGAGGCUCUGCAGCUCUCCCUGCCGGCUGAGACGCCGAGCAAGAAGGAGAAGCACCGGGACAAAAGGCUGAGCCUCAAUCCCAUCUACCGUCAGGUGCCCAGGGUGGUGGACAGCUGCUGUCAGCACAUCGAGAAAUACGGUUUGCAGACUGUGGGGAUCUUUCGAGUGGGGAGCUCCAAGAAGAGAGUCCGACAGCUCCGCGAGGAGUUCGAUCGAGGCGUCGACGUCCAGCUGGACGAGGAGCACAGCAUUCACGACGUGGCCGCUCUGCUGAAGGAGUUCCUCAGGGACAUGCCUGACCCUCUUCUAACCAAGGAGCUCUACACAGCUUUCAUCAACACCACAUUGUUGGAUCAUGAUGAGCAGCAGAACGUCACGCAGCUACUCAUCUACCUGCUCCCAGCGUGCAACAGUGAUACUCUCCACCGCCUCCUGGAGUUUCUGUCCACCGUGACUGACCACGCCAACGACCGGCAGGACAAAGACGGGCAGGAGAUCACAGGGAACAAGAUGACAUCCUUGAACCUGGCAACCAUCUUCGGCCCAAACCUGCUCCACAAGCAGAAGAACUCCGACAAGGAGUUCAGCGUCCAGAGUUCAGCGAGGGCCGAGGAGAGCACUGCCGUCAUCGCCGUGCUGCAGAGGAUGAUCGCCAGCUACCAGACCCUCUUCAUGGUGCCUCCUGAUCUGCAGAAUGAGGUUUUGAUGAGCCUGUUAGAGACUGAUCCAGAUGUGGUGGACUACCUCCUGAGAAGAAAAGCAUCGCAGAGCCCCGACCUGUUGCAGACAGAGGAACCCUUCACCCUGAGCGAGCGCCGUUCCUCCAGCGACUCCAACAAGGCGUCCAGCGGCGAGGUAUCACCUUAUGACAACAACUCCCCGAUCCUUAGCGAGAGGCGAGGAGAACCAGGAAGUCCAGGCAGCGAGCAGCUCUUCCGUGUCCCGGAACAGUACUCUCUGGUGGGGCAGGUGGCCGGCUGGAGCAGGGAGCCUGGAGCUGACCCUUGGGGUACCAAAGAUGCUAUAUCAGAGGAGCAUGCGAACAUUUGGGGGACGUGGCACACAACUCUGAAACCAACACUCAAGGACCAAUCAUACACAGGUUCCCAUGGCAACAUGUCAGAGGGGAGCUCUCGCAGCUCGCAGGAAGGUCUCGACGGACUCCAUGGCGAUGGCAGGCAGCCGGCAACGCUACAACGGACUCAGAUGGCGCCUGGCACAGCCGAGUGCAGACGCCACCCCCCGGUCACCAGAGUGUGUGCCAGCCCUCAUGUGCAGACCAGACGCCUGCAGCUCAACACCAACCCCUCGUUGACGUCGCACCUCAACAGCACGCAAGGCCUCCAUCGAGCAAGUGGACACGGACUUUCCCCGACCUCCAUACCUCAAGGCGGGGUGAACACUGUUGAUGGUGGCCCCGCUUUGCUCAACGACGGCCACUGUCCUCCCCCUUACAACGCCCACCAUCGACUGGCUGGUUCGCAAAGUUCACCUCAGCUGGCGACAGCUCAGCGGCCCCCUCUGCAGCACGCGAGGCUGAGCGUGGCGCAGAGUAACUCGGCCUCGACGACGGACGGCCAAAUGGUGCCACAUAGUGCAGAGUGGCAGGACUGGCAGAGGGACCGGUGGCAGAUCUGGCAGCUGCUGUCCUCGGACAAUGCUGACGCACUGCCUGAAACGCUGGUGUGAUCUCCGACCCAUGAACUGAUCUCUGUAGAGAUUCUGCUCUGAUGGCAAUCACUCCUCCUCUCAUCCUGCCUUUCAUCCAUGGAUUUCACCCUUUCCAUGAACCUUCCGUACGUCUCCUGCAUCUUAGCGCCAUGGCGUUGUUGUUUACGUGCGCUGCUGCUGCCUUAUACAGACUUUUACAUCCAAGAGCCACUAGUAUUUCUUUAGUAUGGAUGUUAAAAGGUUGCUUCUGUUCCUUGCCCAUAUGUUUUGUCCAUUAAAAGAAAAAUGCCCACAAGAAAUACCUCAAAAAAACUCUUCAGAAUGAGUUAAGUCUUCAGAUCUCAAUAGGGAACAAUAGGAAAACAGUCUGUUAUAUUUUAAUUUCAGAACUUUUCAAACCUUUUCAGCAAACAGACACUAAGAUGUACGUAUUAGUAACUGCUGCUAAAUGUAGAAUUUGUCGUGUGCGUACCGGUCGUGUACUUCACCCACACCUGUCUAAAAAGAUCAAACGUUGAAUCACUCGUCAAUGUCAAAUCAUGUUUGGCUGUAUAUAUAUAUACAAACACACAUAAACAAUAUGUAAAUUGACAUGUAAAGUGUAUAAUUUGCCAAAUCUUCUAAAAUUAUGUCAGCCCUUUAACUGGCAGUCUAAAUGUUGGUGAUGUCGGACUGCUGUUUUCUGUCUUUAAUAUUGAAUGUAAGAAAUAUUUCACUUGUGGCAAAAAUGCUUCGACCUGAUUAUAAAGCACGUGGCUGUAAGUUUGCUUGUGCUCUUGCUACCUGCUGCAUCGCGGGAACAAUGUGCCAAAGUCUCUUUUUUUUUUUAUUGUUAUUUUUUUUUAUUUCAAGCUAUUUAUCGUACAGUUGUGUUCAUUUCAUCCAGUCGUUUCGUUUCUGAAACUUUUCAGCAUAGCAGUACAGUAGCUCAUUUUACACAAACAUGACUUCGACAUUAGGAUGGAUCAUAUUUCCGACUGUUCUGACAGAAAAUUACUGACUCAUGAUGCUCAAACAUAAGAUAAAAGAUGAUAGAAUAAAUGUCCAAAAUGGUUUUCCGCAUACAAAUAGUACAAAGUAAUAAAAAAAAGAUGAUAUCAGAUACAUGCCAAAUAGUAUUUUCAUAUAAUUCCUCCCUUUGUGAAAUCAUGUCUAAAGGCCAGAUGUGAAGAAUUUACAGAAUCGCAUGUCUAAAUGUUUCAGCAUUUGAUGUAUAAGAAUGUUUUGUCACAUUGCAAAAUCUGUCUAUUUGGUCUAAAUCUGGUUACAUCAAAUCAAAUUAUGAUUUACAGUCCAGGACUUCAAAGUACUGGUUUCUAUUUCUCCUAAACAAAAAGUAUGUGUUUUUGCUAAGAUCAUAACCUGUUCUCUAUAAUCAGCUCACCACGGUUCAUAACACAAUACAGUAUGAUGAUGACUAACAUAUUCACAUUGGGACUGAUCCAUUUUACAUUACCUCUAAUGCCAGACUGAAUAUUCCAACUGACUCAUUUCCUGUCCAAGAGGCUUGAGUAAUUGUUCUAGGAGUCAUUAAAAUUGACAAAAAAUUCAUUCUACAGUGGUCCAACUGAGGUGCCGGAAGUUGCUCAUCUAUUUGUUCACUUCAAUUCCAGUGUCCACAGCCAUACCCUGUCCAACUCCUCUCAAAUGUCACAGUCAAGUGGGUAUUUGCUGGCAAAUAUUUCACAUUUCUCUCAAGUCAUCCUGUAAUAUUUGCUCAUCUGAAGCCGUUUCAGCAUUAAAUCUGGAGACUAUAAUCGAAGUCAACAGAAAAGAUGUGGCGCCAUGGUAAGGGUUAUGGCGCCAUCUAUUGUCAGACCAUAUGCGGUAGCAUUUUGCUGCUUAACACAGUUCAGUUUCCAUGGGAUCCAUCUGUGCUCUCUUUAGACUCAGUUGGCUUGUGAUUCGAAGCACCUUUUUGUGAAAAUGUGUAAAUCUGUGUGAGGAAAUAAAUGUGCCAUAGGUGUUGCUCUUAAAAGCUGUUUUCUCCAUGCAUUGCUCAAGGUUCAUAUUUUUGUUAAAAGUUUUGUAUUACGUUGUUUUCUGUUGAGUGUUGUAAUAUAUAAAUACAAUAUAACAAUUUUUAUUCGAGGGAGGGAAAAGAAGAAAAAAAAAGAAGAGAGAAUAAUCCUAAUGGUCCUAGCUUUGUCUCCCCAAACCAAGAUCAUGUUUGUCUUGUUGACGUCACGAUGAAACUAAGACAAACUUAGUGUUAAUGGUGUUUAUUGUUGAUAUUUUUUUUGGUGGGGUUUACUGGGUCCAAGUUGUAAUGGAAUGUCUGGUAAUUGCUUUUGUACUGCGUGUCAUCAUCAAUAUGCUACAAUGGAAUUAAAUAUGAUAAAGUUUA